AUGUUUGGUUUUGGAUAUGAUGAGCUUCAUGAUGAUUAUAAGGUAGUGAUUAUUGAUUAUAAUUAUAGUAUUUUCAGUAGAGAUGAAAUUGAGGUAAAAGUAUAUAGUCUAAAGAGUGAUUCUUGGACUAAUGUUGAUUAUUGUGAUGAGGACACAUUCUUUGUCAAAAAAAGUUCUGGUUAUUGCGGAGAGACAUUAAUUGAUAAUGGUUCUUUUGUGGAUGGGAAGCUUCAUUGGAGUACUUCUACUUCUAUUCCUGGUCCUGAUCCUAAUGUGCAUAAAGGUAAGUACAUUAUUGCUUUUGAUUUAGCUAAUGAGAACUGGGAAAAGGUGGAGAAGCCCUCCUUUGGAGAAGGAGAGGUUGAAUUGCGUGUGCGAAAGUUGAGAAGUGAUCUUUCUGUCUUUAGCGAUUACAAGACAACUCAUAUAGGUGCUUGGGUUAUGAAAGAGUAUGGGGUUAAAGAAUCUUGGACAAAGAUGUUUACCAUCAGGUAUCCAAAUGAUCCAGAAUGGUUACCAAACUUUUUCAUGUCAAAUAAUGGUGAAAUAUUGUCGUUGUCUGGAACAACUUCCAUAAUAUACAAUUCAAAAGAUGACUCAUUCAGAUAUUCAGAUGUUAUUAACUGUCAUUACGGUAAAUAUGCCCAAUUCUACCUUGAAAGACUAGUUUGCCCUUUUUCAACCCAAGGGACAUAG